AUGCAAUCUCAAUCUUCAUCUGCCACAAACAGCAAAAAUUUCAAUCGGGUCAGGUUUAUCGGUCAUAUCUCUUCCAGUUUACGCCUCCCAACAUCGCGCAUUUGGUUCGAUUGCCGGAAAAUCAGUAGCUGCCCUUGUCUUGCGAUCGAUCGGACGUUGUUUGAAUCACGGGUUCGUAGAUAUGGGUUUCGCUUUCGAGUGCGUGCUGUGGACGAUGAUUCAUUCUCGUUCGAUGACUGGGGGGACAACGGUAGAGCCGUUGAGUACAUGUAUUCAUUCAGUGAUGGAGAAGGCAGUGAUGGAGAAAUUAUUCUGCAGCCAAUAACUGAUGUUGAUUUGCCGACCUCCAAAGAGCAAUUUCUGUCGGACGAUGACUCCAUAACAGAGACCGUGCACCGUAAUGCAACACUUGGCAGAACACGGGCGAAAAGGAAGACUGUAAGUGGAAUUCUGAACAAUGUUGGAUUAAUGUCUUUCUCAACAUUGCUUCUUUUACUAGUGGACCAAUGUGCAUGGAGGCUUGUGCGGUUGCCCUUAGCACCUUUCUAUUUGAUGCGUCCCUUUAUAAUAUCCGUGAUUUCAGUUUCUUGUUUCGGGUACAUCUGUGUCCCUUUGUUCCAUAUGUUGAAGAUAAGGUCUAUGGGUGGACUCUAUUUUGUGCCUAUCGGGCUACUAGUUGCACAAUUUGUACUAACUUUCUCCUCCAGUGAAGUUUCGGGAGUGACAGCAGCAACUGUAGCAUUUGCUGUAAUUGGUUUAAUGGAUGAUUACUUGGGAAUCAAGAAUGAGAAUAACGGUCCGAGUGUUUGGGCAAGAGUUAUAUUGGAGGUAGCUGUUGGGACGUGUUUCUCCUAUUGGUUGUCCAGAACGGACGUGUCAACACCCUACAACAUGAAAAUGGUGGUCCCAUUCCCUGCGCCUUUGGGCCUUCUUUGCCUUGGAAAAUUCUACCCGCUCUUGACUGUACUCUGUUUUGUUUCCAUGGCAAAUGGUAUGAAUAUAACCAAUAGGCUUGAUGGAUUGGCUGCAGGCAUUGCUGCAUUAGCAUUUAUUGGGAUGUCCAUUGUGGUUCUUCCAAUAUGCUCUGACCUUUCUAUAUUUGGAGCAUCAAUGGCUGGGGCAUGCGUCGGUUUUCUUUCCCAUAACCGAUACAAAGCGUCUAUAUUUAUGGGGGAUACGGGAGCUUUGGCUUUAGGCGGGGCACUUGCUGCCAUGGCCUCCUGCACGGGGACGUUUUUGCCGUUGUUCAUUUCAUCAGGAAUAAUUUUCUUGGAAGCAUUAUCGGUUAUCAUGCAGGCAUUAUUCUUCAAGGCAACCAAAUACUUUGGGUUAAGGGGCUGCAGGUUGUUCGGAACGACACCCUUACAUCAGCAUCUCGAGUUAUGUGGAAUUAAAGAACCUACAAUUGUUGCGGGUUCAUAUUUUAUUGCAAGCAUGUUGAGUUUAUGUGGUGCAUACGUAGGUCUUAGGUCAGUUUAA